CAAAACCCUAAAUUCUCAGACCAAAUAACGAAUCAUCUUCCCUAACUUCUCCUCCUUCUUCGUGUUGCUCCUUUUUUUUAAAAAAAUUCCAGAUCUGUUCUUAUCUUCGAUGGAAUCGCUGAUUUUGAAAAACGGCAAACCGGGGACUCCGGUUAAGGAUCGUACCAAGUCGUCGGAGAACUCGAACCCUAACGUUUCCAGUCCAUCCAAGUCCCCGCUCGUGAAAUCCGCUAAGAGAUCGGCGAAGAAGAAUCCGAAUCAGAGCCCGAAUCCGAAUCCGAAAACUAGCCAAGCGGUUUUCUCUCCGCGGAACCGGAUCAGAGAGAGGAGGUUCGUCGUGGUGACGAAGAAGAAUUCAAAGAAGGAGAAGAAAGAAGAUCCGAUAGACUGUAAAUGCGGAGAGAGGAAGAGAGGGAACAUGAAGUGCGUCUGCGUCGCGUACGAGACGCUUCGUGCUUCUCAAGAGGAGUUUCUCAAGAAACGAAACGAAUCCGAGGAGGAAGAACGGUGGGAUAAUAAUAAUAAUAAUAAUAAUAAUAAUAUCGGAGAUGAGGUGGAAGGAGAAGAAUCCGUUGAACCGGAGAUGAUGGGGGCUUUGAAGAGGACAAGGGGGAAGGUAGUGGAAGAGUCACGGAGGAGUGUGCCUGAGUCUGGUAAAGUGAUGAAUCUUGUUGAAGCGUUUGAGAAACUCAAGUGCUUUGGUACUAACAAGGAUGAAGAGGAGGAGGAAACCGUUGGGAAGGUGGAGGUGUGUGGGGUGAGACAGCAAUGUAAGUUGUGGGAGGGGGAGAGAGAGACAGAGCAGACGUGGAGUUCUGAGUUUUGUCCUGAUGGAUUGGUUUUGACUGCUGAGAAUCUUGGGUUGGAUCCCAAUGCCUCUGUCUCGUCGUCUUGGGAUAACAGCCACGGCAGUGUUUUGAGUGGGAUGUCAAAUGCUGGCAGGAGAAGCAGAAGAAAUAGCUUGGACUCAUCGACUACAAUGGGAAGCAGAAAGUCAAAGAAGAAGCAGGUUAAGGUCACUUCAUUGAAGCCGUUCAAACUUAGAACUGAGCAAAGAGGUAAGGUGAAAGAGGAAGAGUUUGCAAAGAAGCUCCAAGAGAUAACGAUGGUGGAAGAAAAGAUGAGAAUACCCAUUGCUCAAGGUCUUCCAUGGACAACCGAUGAACCUGAGUGUCUGGUUAAGCCUCAUGUGAAAGAUAUUACAAUACCCGUUGACUUGACGCUCCACUCAGAUGUCCGGGCAGUAGAACGCGCAGGAUUUGAUCAGCAGGUUGCUGAGAAGAUGAGUAUGAUCGAGCAAUACAAAAUGGAAAGAGAGAGAGAACAGAAGCUGGCGGAGGAAGAAGAGAUAAGAAGGCUGAGGAAAGAAUUGGUCCCAAAGGCGCAACCAAUGCCAUACUUUGAUCGACCAUUCAUUCCAAGAAGGUCGAACAAACAUCCAACUGCGCCACGAGAUCCCAAGUUCCACAUACCGCAACACAAGAAAAUCAGAUGCUGCAGCUCAUCUUGUAGUGAAACUGGCUCUUACUUGAGCGAUCUCAAUUAUCAGUGUCUCUAG